GGUGAGGUUUUGAUUGGCUGAGGUUUGAGAAGCAAGACCUCACAAAUCAGACCACAUGGAGGUCAAAGGGCGCCUCAUCACAUCCAUGGGUGUGGGGGCUCCAGAUCAGGACAGCAAGCUGCAAGCUGAACGCAUCUCCGCACUGCAGGAGAGAAAGCAACUCCUGGAGGACCUCCUCAGCAGCCGAGUGGGAGAGCUGAGACAAGUGUGUCUGCUGGAGGCGGAGCUGACCGGGAAGGUCCCACAUGCUUUCCCCCUGGAGACAGGAGAGAGAGCUCCCGUUGUACAGCGCAGGGCUGGCCUGCCACAUAACAACACCAAGGGAGAGGAUGAGACAGGUCAGCGAAGGCAGAUGAAAACUAUCUUCAGUGGUGCUCUAUACAGGCACUCAGAGUCAGACAGGAAUGUCCCAAACAGCAAGAGGACCGUUCACCGGGGAUGCCACACAGAGGACACGGUGAUGUCAGAGAGCACUAGCUCCAUGUCAGAUUCAACAUCCCAUGACAAUGAGGAGUCCUCUCCCAGUGUGGCAGCAGACCACCGCUCCAUGUCCCAGCCCCGUCUGUCCCUGGGCAGCCCAGACCACCAGGUCUGUAGGAAACUGUCCCCAGUGGAGAUAUACUAUGAAAUGAGGACGCGCCGUAACUCUGUGACCAGCUCCAUCAGCCCAAGUCAUUCUCUACCAAGGAGUACAUCUAAUGUUGAAGGCAGAAGUGUUCCUGCUACCCCCCUCAUCGCCCGGACUGCCCCAAUCAGUGUUCAUGUCAGAUCGGAUGGCUCUGGUGGGAUUGCACUAAAGCAGUGGUCUGGCAGCCUGGAUGUACCUCAUAUGGUGCCCUUAACCCAGGAAGGCUCCUCCUCGGAGCGCAGAGGCUGCCCGUACAGCUCCCGUGCCCGGCGGAGCAAUAGUUCUGAGGCCUUGCUUGACCGCUCCAGUCUCCCCGAGGACCCAGGCCCCAGGAACGGGAUGCCCCCCAAAGGAGGGCCUUACAAAAGCUCUGAGACCCUCACUGAUGGCAAGCUGAGGCACAUCCACCUGAGCAGUCCUGAGAGGCACUUGGACGGCUCUGUGGAGCAGGGCAACAUGCGGCUGUCCAUGGGUGGGAGAGGAGAAGCAGGGGGAGGGGGUUACAACGAGCUCCUAAUGGAUUACAUCUGGGGGAAGCAACAGAGGAUUCAAGUGCAACACCAGCUGUACCAAUCAACAGGUAGAAUCUGGCAGGACAUUUCCUCUCCUCGAUCGUCCACUGCUGCAGUGCCUCCUCAAGCCAACGGCUUCUCCCUAUCCCAGGUGCAUCUACCCAGUGCUGCCCCACCCUACAGCCCCAUGGUGAUCCGUGGCUCCCAGGCUGAGCCUCACAGAGUCAAAGUCACGCGGACCAAGUCCUGUGGACCCUUCAUCCCCCUGCAGCAUGACACCAUCCUGCUCUCUGCCUAUGAGUCUCCCCACCCUGCCCCAAGCUCCACUACCUCCUCCAUUCCCAACCUGCACCCCUACCAGACUGAGCUGUCCGGCCCCUCAUUCAAUCACAGGCCUCCCCAGUUCUCUCGCCCAACCCCUGAGGACUCGACGAGGAGUCUACAUAAAGCCCUGGCGCUGGAGGGUCUCAGAGACUGGUACCUGAGGAACGCCCUCGGCUACCCUACUACCACGUCAAAGGGGCAUGAUGCAGGGGUCUCCCGCCUCUCACACCCUCACCCUUUGGUGCACCAGGCUCAGUCUAUACAAGGUGAUCCACUCCAUAGGUCCCAGAUGUCUCAGUCAGCCAGCUUCCAUGGCCACCCACUGCAUGGAAGGUCAAUGGAGUUCUCACUCUAUCAAGAGCCCGUUCAUCCUCAGAUGCAAGACAUGACUCCGAAGGAGCCCAGCGCUGACCCUGGCACGUUGGUCUAAUGUAGCUGAAUCAGUUUUUAAACACAUACUUGCACACACUCACACGCACACGCACACACACACACACACACAGACACGCACACACAGAUCCAAACAAUGUAAAAGGAGCUGAUAUAAGGUGACCUCACAAGCUAAAAAAAACACAUUACAACCCAGCAGAAAAAGACUGUAAAGCCGUUCUGAAUGCCCUGUUAUUCUGUAGCUACCGUAUACUGUAUUGUAUUCUAUCGUUGGUCAGACCCAAGCCACAUGUAACAAACAUCCUCCUUGUUUAACCUAACAAAUCUCCCAAGAUAUAAUUUUUUACAGAAUAUAGUAUAUGUAUUCUAAAUUACUAUUUUGUAUCUUAUGAGAUAUAAAGAAUAGAUAUAGAAGAGUUCAUUUAUUGCUCAUUAGUCUUGUGAUUUACAAAAAUAUGUAAUGAACUCAAUUGAUCUAAAAAGUAUUUAGACACCAGUGAAUGUGUAAAUGUACAUGUUUGUAAAGAUGAAUAUAUUACAUCUGUCUUAUCUUUUAAUCUGUCCAUCAAACAUGCAUUGGCUUGCUAUUUCUCAUUUUUGUUAAAUGAAUGGGGACUUACAUUGCAAUAUCGUAGACUGAGGAACAGGAGCUGUGGCUCUGUGUUUAAAACAGAACCCUACCUUUAGUAAAAACAUGAGUUAUUUCUAAUAAUCUGCAAUGCUAACACAAAUCCUUUCAAAGCUAAGUCUUCAAUCAACAAAUGAAAGUAAUGCCUGUUGUUGCCAAAUUGAGUUGUUUUAUGCAAUCUAAUUUUUCUGCAUUUUCUGAGUCCAGCUGCUGAAAUGUCAUAAUAGUAACGUUCAGAUAAACACCUGAGGGCUUUUAGUGGUCUAGGACAGUCGUUUAAUGAACUUUCUAGUCAUUUCCAUUUAUUCAGUUGCGUAACAUGUUUUCUUUCAGAGCACUUUAUGAAUGUCAAAAGCCUUAACCCCUCAAAAGCAAGUAGAACAGUGGGAUGGGACAUUUCCCCAAAGAGAGAACACUUCAAAACCAGAAAAUGGUUGACAGGGUAUCAAGUUUGAGCAAAUAAGAAAAUGUUUGUGGCCCAAUUGGACAUUCAAGAUCAACAAUAAACCACAUAUUUGGAUCUGUAUGUAUCAUGAUAAUAAGAAAGAUUUGACAAUAAAUUCCUUUUAAAGGGGUCUAACAAGAACAGGGCUAGGGAUGGCACUGCUGAAUGAUGGCAUGAGCAGGCCUUAUGUCAGAACUGUGCUAGUAGGAGAUUCCAUUUCCAAUGUAUCAUGUUGUCAUACGCUACUCCUAGUGUUGGCACAAUGUUAUCAUAAUGAUAAAAAAUAUUUUAAGUCAUUAAUGCCACCACAAUUCAAGAACGACCCUUUUAUAAUUUCCCAUGAUACGCUACGUGACCAAAACUAUGUGGACACCUGCUAGUCGAACGUCUCAUUCCAAAAUCAUGGGCAUUAAUAUAUUAAUAGAUGUUGGAACAUUGCUACUGGGACUUUCUCCCGUUCAGCCACAAGUGCAUUAGUGAGGUCAGGCACUGAUGUUGGGCAAUUAGACCUGGCUCGCAGU